UAAUUAUAAUAGAAGAUAAAUAUGCUUUCAUAUUUGUUUUGAAUAAAUUUUACGAGUAACAAUUUGUUUUAAUGAAUGAAAUUUGCAAGUAGUUUUGAAAAUGAGCACUGUCAAAAGUGGAUGGCUCUCACGUAGAGAAGGAAGCUUAAUUUUUAAAGACUGGUACAAAAAACAUUGUGUUUUGUAUUCCGAUGGAGAAUUUUCUGUUUAUACUAAAGCAUCUGAUGCCACGGCAGAGCUUAGAAUCAAUAUGAAAAUUGAGUGUUCAAGAAUUGAAGUUGGAUUUGAUGUAGGCUCCAUUAAUCUUCCCAAAAACAUCAGUAGUGUUGAAUCUGUCUUUGCUAUUAUAACAAAAAGUAAUAAAAGGCAUAUAUUCUGUGCAUCCAAUGAUUCUGAUUGCAGAGAUUGGUUCGGUGCUUUAGAAAAUGCUCGCACUGCACCACCUUUGUCAAAACAAGUACCAUUUGCACCACCAAUGGAUCUUGCUCCUCCUCCAUAUGCUCCGUUAGAAUACAGUCAACCUUUACAAUCUAACGGAUGGGGCAGUUCAGGAUCUGGGUCUCAGCUUGGUCAGCAAAGGCCUCAAACGUUACCUUCACAAUACUAUCAGCAACCUGGAUAUAUUCCACAACCUCGGCCUAAUUAUGGGGUUCCUUCUUACGGUCCUCAACCUAUGUAUGGACCUCAGCCUAUGUAUGGACAACCCAUGUAUGGUCAACCUGUUUAUGUUAGCCAAGCUCCUCAAGCUCAACCGCAGCAGCAGCAAGGCAGUAAUAAUAAUACAAGAAACAUGUUAUUAGCCGGAGGAGGUGGAUUGAUAGGUGGCUAUUUAUUGGGUAAUGCCAUAUCAGAGAUGUCUCAUCAUCAUAUGAAUAAUUAUAGUGAUAAUAGACAAUAUAAUGAUAAUUAUUAUGAUAGUGGAGGCGGAUUUGACGGAGGAGGUGGUGGGUUUGACGGCGGAGGUGGUGGGUUUGAUGGAGGAGAUGGUGGGUUUGAUUUCUAACUAUUGCUAUAUUUUUGUGGUGUUAAAUACUACGAGAUUUUGUUAUCAACUUUCUAUAGGUCAUAAAAAUGACAUUAAAUUUUUUAAAUGAUUAUUUAUUAUUUGCAAUUUAAUUAUUUGAAAAAUGAAUAUUAUAUUGAUGUUAUUUGUUUAUUACUUUUUUCUUUGUUUUUAUAUAAACAAUAUUUGAAUUUUAUUAAUAAUGUAUAUAACGAAAAAUUUGUCAUUCAAUGUAUGGUGUAAAUUAUAAUUGCAAAAUAUCAUGUGCGUUUUUUAAAACCGUUGUUCCAUCUUGAAAUACUUUUCAACUUUUUUUUUUUUAAUCUCUUUUUUUAAGGUUCUAAAUUUUUGUGCCGUGUCAUUUUAUUUGUAAAACAACUCUGCGCAGUGCUUGAGUAAAAUUUUUGUCAGACUAGGUUUAAACAAGCCACAGUUUUAUUGGAAAUUAGGGCGUACACACAGGCUGAAUAAUAUAAAUGAUUAAAUAUACUCUACUCGACUCUAUUUGGAGAAAAUAGUUAUCUUUUUUAAAUGAAUAAAGUGUAAAUAAAAUUACAUUAUUAUUUUAUGUCAUUUUGUUUAA